UAUGAUCUUGCUACUAUUAAUUGAUUUAGUUUACUGUGUUCAAUUUGGUUAUGAAGUUGAAAGAGGAUAAUAAAUUUGUUUUGAAGAUUACUUUUCUUAAGAUGAUGUAUUUGAUUUAAGAGUAAGAUCAAAUUCUUCAAAUUAUGCAAUUAAAUUAGAAGAAUCAGAGUCAAAAAAAUAUGUAAUAAUAUAUGAAAAAAGUGGAUCUUGGGAACAUAAUUACUAGCACUAAUCAAAUCACAAAGCUUCUCAUAUGAGAUAUUGUUUUACAAAUUUGGAAAAUGAAAUUCUGUUAUUUAAUAUCACAUACAAAACAGGAUCUGAAUUAGCAGAUAUGUAAAAAGUAGCAAAAAUAUCAGAUUUAAAUUAAAUGGAUAGUCAUAUGAAGAAAUUAAAUGGUUUGCUAGAUGAUAUUAAAAGAGAGAGAUCAUUCUUAAUAGCGAAAUAUGAUUUUAUGUCUAAUUUGCAAGGAUCAAUAUCAAAGAAACAAAUAGUUUUUGGUCUAAUAUGUUUAGCUUUGUCUUUGAUUAUUACAGGAAUAACUGUGAAUUUAAUUAAGAGAAUUUUAUAACAAAAAAAAUCUUAAUGA